GAUCAAACUGUUCAUAGAGUAAAGCAUAUGCCAGUUGUUAGAUCCAAGGCAAAGAGUUCUUUUGCAAGAGAGCCUGGCCCUCAAUCAAAGAGGCAAUGUAUGCAGUUGAGAUCGCCAAUUAUUUCGCAUGAAUCUUCCAUGGCACCCAUGAUGCCCUUGCCUGCUAAUUUGAUGUCAAACCAAUCAGAGCAGUCAGUGGCUCCCCCUGUUAGCAGAGGACAUGAUGGUCCACCUGGAUGUCAACCUGUUGUGCAGGGAAUAUUGCAAAAUGCCAGUCAGCCAAAGAGAAAAGUUCCAAAGAAAGUAACGUUUGCCAGUGCUUUGGGAUUCAGUGAGGUGUCCCAGGGAGAUUCUGGACAGACUUCCUGCACUUCAGAAAACUCUGAUGUUGGAGAGAGUUCUCUAUUCUCAGAUGAUGAGGAAAGCAUAGAGCUAGGAAGUCAGAUUGAGAGAAUAGAACAAUUCCUCAAGACUGAUAGACUAAGAGUCUGAAGGAAGAGGAAAACAGAUACUUGAUACCAACAUGUAUUAAUAAUAUCAAAAGCAUUAAAAUGCAUCCACACAAUUAGGAAAUAAGAGGAAAAUGUGGUUGGUUUAUCGAUAUUAGCAUUUAACAGUUGACUCUGAACAACUCGUUACCUGUUAACUUGAAAUAUUGUCCAUCUGGAUUGAAUCUUGUGGAACAGAUUUUUAUAUUAAAUGACACAAAAACAUUUCCUUACAAGUUUUAUAAUUCAGUUGUAUACUCAAUCUUGUUACUUUGACAUGAUGUUUUCCAAUAUUUUUUAUAAAUGUGUUGCAUAGUUGACUGUUGUAUGGAUAUUGGUAUGUUUAUCAAAGUUUUUAAGUGGUAACGCAGUUAACUUUUUUUAUAAUAAGCUUGAAAUGUUUUCCUGCAGUGUCCAAAGAAAAAAAAUUAUUUGAAAUUUUAU